GGCAACUUCACAGAGAACCUUGUCCGCUCCUCCGCCUGUCGCCCACAUCAUCAUCAUCAUCAUCAUCAUCAUCAUCAUCAGCCACAGCAGCAGCAGCAGCAGCUGCAGCCUGGUCGGCAGCAGCAUCAGUGUGAUGAGGCAGCGGAGGAGGGAGACCUUCCAGCUCUGAGACUCUGGAUCAGGAUGGCUGAUGUUAUGAACUCCUUGGAGCCUGGGACGGAGGACUUCAGCGGAGGAGCAGCAGGAGAUCAGGACUCAAUCUUCCCAGAAACACACGAGAGGUUUCCGAAGCUGUCCAAGAGGCUUCCCUCCAUUGUGGUGGAGCCGAUGGAUGCGGCCGAGGUGGAGAGCGGCGAGCUCCGCUGGCCGCCAGACGAUCCCGGAUCCCCAGACGCCCAAAGUGAGAGACGGAGAGCUGGCGAUCAAACCGCAGGUGAGGAGAAGUCGAAUGCCGGAGAAAAUGAAGAGACUUCAGGGGUCGAGAUGCAGGAGUCAAACUGAACAAAACCGCAUAAAAUUCACUGUUACUCUGCAGAGCUGAACAGCAGAAAGCCUCAUGAGGACAGAACCUAACAGGAAGGUGAAAUAUGGCAGGACGGCUGACAAGCAGAUUUUUAAACGACAGCCUGCUGGGCCUGGAACUGGACAGCUGAGUCACUUUUUAUUCUUAUUUAUGUCUUACAGAUUAAAAGAUUUUACUUCUGGGGAACCAAUAUUAUGUUCAUCUAGUUUCCAUCACUCUGCUUAAAAGUAGGGAAACUGUAAAGUUGCUUGCUUCAAAACAAAUAUUUAGAUAUAUUUUAAAAAAUGCAAUAACUCCAGGCAGCAAUAAAUACAAAGACUUUUCUUCUAAUUAGACUCUGGCUAUUCGUCCAUAUUUGUAGUUUAAAUAUGAAUCCUCUUCCCUCUGGCUCCAAGCCGUCUUCGUCCAGAUGCCCAUCAUCAUCAGCACAUCUGGCGAGGGCCGAUGUCUCUAAAUGCUUUAUGAAGUAUUUAGCUCUUGUGUGCCAUAUUAUUACUUUGGUAGCUGCUGUAUUUUGUGCGGUUUUACACUCUUUAGAUAAAAAAAUGACAAUUGUUGUCGCGUGCUAACUGCUGUGGUGAAAACAUGGUGAUUUUGGUCUCACUAUUGACUUCGAAUGAUAGCUUUGGAGAUAAGUAUGUCUUUUAUUUGAUGUUAUGCCAUUCUGUAAUAAAUUAUAUAUGUAAA